GUAGUAGUUGGCAGUCUGAGUCCAUACAUGCCUGUUCGUAUCUUUUACCUCUGUAUCACACUUUCUUAUUUUUGGUCCAAAACGCUAAAAAAAACGAGUUGUUUCUUAUUUGUCUCUUUCACAAUCAGAAUCAGCGAACGCAUGCAAAGCUUGCCCAGUCAAAGUUCUAAGUUGAAACAUAUCUGCUACCCGCCAAAUGCGUCUCUCAUAAUUUCCCCCUAUAAAGCAUCUGUUUUCUCUCUGUUUCUCGAAGUCCUGGACUCGUUUCAGUUCAUGGAGAGACUACAGUCAGAGCAUGGGAGGCGCGGGAGGAGGACGAGACUGGCAAGGAGCAGAGAAAUGGUGCAGAUGCACUGUCCGCCCGGGCGCAUGUUACCAGUGCCCCCCAUAAUAAGGGUAACACCCAAUCAGGCGAAGCUAGCUGCAAUAGCCGUUGAUUUGAACGUACGGCUGAGAUCGGCCGAUAUGCCCUGUGGAAUGCAGGAGCGGGCGUUUCGGUGCACCAGAGGAGUCCUUGACGCAAAUCUGGAGAAGAAGCCUAAUCCUACUCAUAUUGCCAUGUAUCUCAAGAAGGAAUUUGAUACAGUGUAUGGGCCGGCAUGGCACUGCGUUGUGGGCCAGAGUUUUGGAUCAUUUGUUACUCACUCGAGUGGCGGAUUUGUGUAUUUCUCUGUAGACAAGCUCUCUUUUCUUCUCUUCAAGACGGAGGUCCGACCAGUCAGGAGGUCGCUUCCUCCUCCUCUUUCUCUAUUGCAAAAGCUUAAUAUUAAUGCUUAGUUUGAAGUUUGUACUAAUGUAACGUGUAUUUGAUUUACAACUGAUCUGGUAACUAAUCUGCUUUGGCGGGAAAAUUAUGCUAUAGCCUUUGAAAUUUUAGUUGUAUUAGAAGUUUUUGAGGUUUUAGAAAUGAAUCUGUUUCACUUGAGAUUUGCUACCA